AUGAAGUCUCUUCGCAAGAGCUUAAACUCUAGCAAAGACGGUGGAAGCAUUCGGGCCCAAAUCUCGACCCCGUUGCCUGCCGUCAGCAAGGCACAAUCGACAAUCCAACCCCCUCAGAAAGUAAUUCGCGCAUUGGGCGACUAUCGGCCUCAAGCGCCACAACAACUACCUUUCAAGAAAGGCGACUUCUUCCACGUCUUGCGCGAUGUCGAUAUUGGCGGAGCUUGGUAUGAGGCCCAUAAUCCAAUGACUGGGGCGCGUGGGCUGGUCCCAAAAGACCAUUUUGAGGAAUUCAACAAGAAUGCCGCUGCCCUUAGAGCCCUCAGCAUGCCUGCCACACCAUCGGGCCCACAAUUCCUGGGACCGCCGCCAACACCGCAAACCCCGAACCCUCAAUCACCCAAAUCACCCAAAACACAAGUUUUCUACGCCAUCGUCCAACACGACUUUUUGGCCGAGCGAGAUGACGAACUCGAUGCAAAGCGAGGAGAUGCGAUAACAGUUGUCGCUCAGUCUAAUCGUGAAUGGUUUGUGGCCAAACCAAUCGGGCGAAUAGGCCGCCCUGGACUAAUCCCCGUCUCCUUCGUCGAAAUUCAUGACCCUGCCACCGGGCGCGCUAUAACCGAUGUGAAUGCGCUCAUGGACCGUGGAGACUUACCUCGAGUCGAGGAUUGGAAGCGGGCUGUUUACAACUACAAGCAGAACAGCAUCGCCCUCGGUGUUAUUGAUGGUCCUUCAGCCAGAGACUCUGUUCCCAACAGUCCAUUCAUCACCAACCAACCCCCUCCACAACUCGCCGCAGUGUUGGAGCCCGCCAUCAGUGUCCAAGGUCCAUCACCACAAGAUCAUAAUUACUCUAAUCCGCCCAACCCCCCUCCCUCCUCAGAGCCGGAAAUCCAACCAGAAGGCAUACUACUUUCCGCUAAUGUGGUUUCUUUCCACUUCGAGAUGGAUGAAUAUUGGUUCCGUGUCGACGCAAUAUUCCAGCCCUACACCACUCCUGGUACCCCUCUCCCUCCCGCCAAAUCCCUCAUUCUCUUCAGAGUCUACAACGACUUCUACGACUUCCAAGUCUCUCUUCUAGAUACGUUUCCCAGAGAAGCGGGCCGAGAACCACCACAUCCCAGAAUGCUACCAUAUAUGCCUGGUCCAGCGCAGGACGUUGAUGACGCGCUUACGGCGACACGGAGAACUGAACUGGACGAGUAUGUGAAUGGCCUGUGCGAUUUGAGCAACGUUGGUGCCAAAUACGUUUUGGAGCAUGCUGUUGUGAGGGAAUUUUUGGCCAUCAAACCUGGCGACGUUGAGAACUCGAUUCCUCCACGCACACAAGAGAUUGAUGCCUUAUUCGGCGAUGAUGUUCAAGACUCAUUUGGUCGGUUAACGGUGGACGACCGGCAGAGUCAGUAUGAUGAUGAGAAUGGUUAUGUCUCUCCCGGGCAGCAAAUCCAGCAUCCUUACAACCAAACGGACCAACGACGACCAUCGGCGGAGUCAAACCAUCUCUAUGCACCUGGACAUCAGAGAAAUGGGUCAUCAUCCUCCCGCUCACAGUCUCCGCCUGCUUCUGGGUGGAACGACCCCCCACCGAUGACUUCUUCCCCUUCCACAUCCUCCCGUGGCUCCAAUCCUCCUUCGACACGGUCACGGUCUGAUUCGGUUGCCAACAUCAACUCUCCUUCCAUUUCUGCUCAAAACCCUCAAACGGCGUUUGUGAAAAUCAAGAUCUUCGAUCGUGUUGCUGACGAUCUGAUUGCUAUCCGUGUCCAUCCGCGAGUGACUCAUAUUGAAUUGAUGGACAAGGUGCAAUCAAGGUUGGGCUCAGAGGUGGCCAACCUGAGGUAUCGGGACAGCAUGAGCAAUGCUUUUGUGGGCCUCGACAGUGACCAGCAACUACGAGCGUGGAUAGAUGCCACCGACAAGCACGUGCUGUACGCGGAUUGA